AUGGCGCAGCUCAUCGAUCCCGAUAUGCCCAGUAGUGCUGCAGCACGAACAGGAUUUGAUGGCCUCCCUUACGAACUGGUCUUUUCGGACGAGUUCAAUACAGCCAACCGCACUUUCUGGCCUGGGGAUGAUCCCUUCUGGGAAGCCGUAAACAUCAGGCAUGGGAGUACUGGCGAUCAGGGGUGGUAUGGCCCCGCCCAGAUAACAACAAGGGGUGGGUACCUCAGCAUCGUCAUAGACCAGAUGCCUAAGAAUGACUUGCCUUAUCGGAGUGGUAUGCUACAAAGUUGGAACAAGUUUUGCUUUACGGGCGGCUAUAUUGACUGCGGCGUUGAGCAUGCCUCUCAGCAGGAUGGUCGGAUGCAUGGGCGAUGGGUAAUCUUACACGCCCGGGAUGCGGCGCGACUACAGGCGGCGUAUGGCCUUACUCCUAUGACUUGUGAUGUUGGGACUUUCCCCAACCAGGCAGAGCGGGAUGGUUCUGGGCCAGCUGCCGCUCUCCAGUCAAAUGCCUUGAAGACCAAGUACAAUUAUGAACUAUCAUGGUUGCCGGGACAACGCCUCUCGGAAGUCAUACCUGACUUCUUCUCCAGCAUUUGUUUUUGUAUCUGCCCCUCCUUACGGGCGCAUAUACCCACUAUUCACGCCCAACAUUGGACACGCACACCACUAGCGCUCUAUCCAGGUCAUGCACCUGCCCCAGGAGAAGAUCAUCCCGGGCCAUCCGUAAAUGUUGGCCGCGGCGCUCCUGAAAUCGAUAUUCUCGAGGUCGAGCAUAAUAAGGAUGCGUGGUUUAUCAACACACCUAGUAUCACAGAUGUGAAUCCUUUCUUGGGAGUGCCGUGCUUCGAGUGUCGGUCGGAUUCCUCAAAUCCUGCAGAUGGAUAUAUCACAUGGCAGACCGCCGGCGUUGAGUCCGCACGUGUUGGCGCCGCAGCACUUAGUCCAGAUCCGUUACCAGAUGGCACAGACGUGUCGCAGCGACUGAUCUCCGUAGAGCCAAUGGUCUGUCUUCGUCUUUCCCCGCGUCAUUCUGCCUGGCGCAUCCAUUCUACUAGUCCAUUAUCCUCAACUUGGGCGGGUUGGCAGACAGUACACCUAAGCGCGAUGAUCUUCCCUGCUGGGAUGCUUGUUGACUACGUUCGUGCGUAUGGCGAGGGCAGACGAAUGUUGGGUGCAGCCCGGCAAACUACCCUACAGAUGGCUAUAUCAACCGACAUAUGGAUUCAUCCCAACCUCACGUCAUGGAAUUAUUUAAUACCGCAAAACAGCUUGGUGCGUCGUCCUUGA